GCUCGCACAACGAUCUUUCACCACCACUGCACGAAAACCAUCUGAUCGAUCGAUCAAAAACCGAAUCCAAUCCAACAGUGUUACACACACACACGAUGGUUUCUUCUUCCAAUCCCGGGAGAACGCCGCCGUUGGUGGCGGCGAUUGUGUGCUCCGUGCUGCUGCUCGCCGGCGGCGCCGCCGGCAACUUCUACCAGGACGUGGACAUCACUUGGGGCGACGGCCGCGGCAAGAUCCUCGGCAACGGCCAGCUCCUGACGCUGUCGCUGGACAGGUCGUCCGGCUCCGGCUUCCAGUCCAAGAACCAGUACCUGUACGGCCGCUUCGACAUGCAGAUCAAGCUCGUCCCCGGCAACUCCGCCGGCACCGUCGCCACCUUCUACCUGUCGUCGCAGGGGUCGCAGCACGACGAGAUCGACUUCGAGUUCCUGGGGAACGCGAGCGGCGAGCCGUACACGGUGCACACCAACGUGUACAGCCAGGGGAAAGGCGGCCGCGAGCAGCAGUUCCGCAUGUGGUUCGACCCUACCAAGGACUUCCACACUUACUCCGUCCUCUGGAACCCCUCCCACAUCCUUUUCUACGUGGACGGGACGCCGAUACGGGAGUACAGGAACACGGAGGCGACGACGGGGGUGGCGUUCCCGCGGGCGCAGGCGAUGCGGGUGUACGCGAGCCUGUGGGACGCGGAGGAGUGGGCGACGCAGGGGGGGCGCGUGAGGACGGACUGGUCGCGGGCGCCGUUCACGGCGUCGUACCGCGGGCUCGCCGCGAGCGGGUGCACGUCGCAGGACGCCACGGCGUGCGCCAACCCGGGGAGCCCGUGGAUGUACCAGCAGCAGCUGGACAGCGCGUCGCAGGACCGGCUCCGGCAGGUGCAGAGGGACUACAUGAUCUACAAUUACUGCGCCGACACGUACCGGUUCCCCCAGGGGUUACCGCCGGAGUGCACUGCCAAGUAGGAAAAAAAAAGGGGCACUUGAAACUAUUUUAUUGUAGAAUUAUUCUGUAUCUAUUGCUGUAUGUGUUAUUGUCGUGUAAAAAGUAGUAGAGAGAUGGGAAAAGGAUACGAGGAAGAUAAUAAGUCGACGACGAUGGAUGUAUAAUAAGUUUGUUUGUCAAAAGUGGCUUUAAAGAUUGUGAGAAAUAUUCUUUGGGCA